AUGGAGCACAGCACGAGGCAUGGCAUGCAAGGCGCGACGAACGGCAUGCCUUUCGACGCCCUUGGCCCUACCUUUCUUGCGGCGCGAUCCCACCCAUCACGUGCAAAGCGCGGAUGCCAUGGCGGGGCGAAUGGCGACUACAUCCAGAAGGUUGAUGCGCCUUUCGAUCGACGACCGAGCUGUGUUAACAGGGGCGGCGGCCUACCAAAUUCUGCGUCGCUGAAACGCGACUGUAUCGGCCAAGUGCGCGUGCUUGACGAGCAAGUGGAGAGUCUGUGCGUCUUCGGGGAGGGCGUCGACGGCGACGGGAUCGGCAAAGUAGAAGCGCUGCCACUGCCGGAGGUAGCGCAUCCAUCUCUCCAUGCUUUGCGCAUUCGACGCGAGAAACACAAACGACUGGGAACCACCCACGGCGUUGAACACGUCCAGUUGGAACAGCGUCGACGUCUGCACUUGGCGAACGUCCACGUGCCGCUUGGUGAGGGCCACGGACACUUGAAGCGCUUGGCGGUUGGCCCCCGAAAACAUGUGCAGGUAGCCUUCCUCCACAACGACAUAGAAGACUUGACCCCCCAGCCACCGACCGUCGCGCGCGUCAUGGCUGAGUAG